CUCAUCUAUCCACACGAGCAUCGAUGAUCUGAAUGUCAAUGUUGUCUCACCUCCUGUUAUUGGUCUUAAAUAAAAGACCUGUAAUGUGACAUACCAGUGUUCCUAGCCGCGUAUUUCCAGCAAUAUAAAUAUUUUAAAAGGACAUUAACAAUGAGUGCAAGAGUAAUGGGACUCCUCUGGGUCCUUCUCAUCCUCGGGACCAUCACGACGGUCACCGCAAGAAUUCACAAACUUGAAAUACGGGGUGACACGAGACGCUAUAUCGCUUUAACAACAUUUGGAUUUUAUCAGGGAGGCAUUCUGACAGUCAAUCUAACGAAUUUCAAAGUCACGCCAUUCAAGGAAAACUCAAUUUAUGGCUUUAGCUUGGACAGGACCAGAAGUGACGCAAUGAAUCCGUAUUUAGACAGCCAUCAAGAGAAAUGCCUACUGCAGGGUGUCACCAGCCCCAAGGCUGAUCUAGACUCUAAGGAUGAUAGUUCGGUGAUUUAUUUUACGAUGGAUUUCAAAAAUAAAUUAUUGCUGGUGAAUUGCAGUCACAAUGUGCGAUCGUUACACAUCUCGAGUGAUCCAGAUGAAAUACGAAAUUUCAGGACUAAAAGAACUUCAUCUGGAUUCAGUGAUACUGCUCUGUUUCCUCGUAGAAAACGUGACACAGCACCUCAUGACAUCGACAUGGAUGGGAGAGACAUACAGAAUCAGAUCUGUUCUAAAAUAAACAUUCCUAUAACAACUGAAACUGUCAAGGGUGAGAAAUACUUCAACACGAGUUUUGCGAUGUUUGUGGCAAAUGAGGAGGAAGAGGGUAGAUACAAUCUCUUCCUCCACAGUUGUCCCAACUAUAAUUAUGAUACUCGUGUCUCGAUUGAUUUUACGAUGAGGAUAGUGGCGAAAAAUAGGAGGAAUUUCUUAAGCGCUGGAGAAAUGCCACUUCCGUCGCUUUAUUUCAUGAUGUCACUCCUAUUCUUUGUCUCUGGGGUCUUCUGGGUAUUUAUUUUGAAAGAGAGCAAGCAUCCCGUUUUCAAAAUUCACUAUCUCAUGGCCGUUCUCGUUUUUCUGAAAUCUCUCUCAUUGCUAUUCCAUGGAAUAAACUUCCACUUCAUACAAACAAAAGGGGAACACGUGGCAGCUUGGGCUAUUCUCUAUUAUAUUACGCAUUUACUGAAAGGAGCUGUUCUUUUCAUUACGAUUGUGCUUGUGGGCACUGGAUGGGACUUUAUCAAACACAUCCUGGCGGAUAAGGAUAAGAAAAUUUUCAUGAUUGUGAUACCACUUCAAGUUCUGGCUAAUGUUGCUGAAAUUAUAAUUGAGGAAAGCGAAGAGGGAGAUGUGGAACACAAAACGUGGCGUGACGUAUUCAUCCUCGUUGAUCUACUCUGCUGUGGUGCUAUUCUAUUCCCAGUUGCGUGGAGCAUAAAACAUCUCCAAGAGUCAGCAAAUACCGAUGGCAAAGCCGCUAUCAAUCUACAAAAGCUCAAAUUAUUCAGACACUUUUAUAUUAUGAUUGUCUGCUAUAUCUACUUCACUCGGAUCAUCGUGUACUUAUUGAAGAUGACAGUACCUUUCCAGUACGAAUGGCUCGACGAGAUGUUCCGUGAAAUGGCGACGUACAUUUUCUUUGUCUUAACUGGCUACAAAUUUCGACCAGCAUCAGCCAAUCCAUACUUCACAGUUAACGACGAUCUGGCAGCCAAUGAAGACGAUGAUGAAAUGGACGUUGUGCUUUUUUCCAGUGUGUCAGGGGCCAGUGGGUUUACCGAGGGUCUCGGUAAGGUUUCCAGAGCAACGAAAAUCGUUAGACCAACAACAACAGAAGUCAGUGUCAACGAUGAAGAACGAGAUAGCCUUAUAAAUAAACGCGAGGCUUCGCACGAGUAUGACUGAACCUCAAAUUAAUAAAAAAAGACUCACUUAGAAAAAUAGAAAAUUUAUACAAAGUGUUAGAAGUUUUCGUGAAUGAUAUCAGACCCUUGAACUGAAUUUAGUCACUGGGGACCACUCUGAUGUGAAAACUCAAGUGCCCCCUUAGUGUUUUCCAUUUUAUUUGGGCGAUAUUUUACAACGACAAAGUGGCAGGCCGUUUGUCGUAAUAAUUUCCUUAUAAUUAUCUUUAUCAUUUCUUUCUGCCUGUAGUGUCCAGCACUAAAGAAUAAAAACAAAUGUAGAUUGAGAAUGUUUCAGUAGGCAUUUAGAGUUACAUUUCCAAUAAAUUGUUCGUCAAUAUAUUUUAAUUUAGUGGCGCAUUAAGAAUCAACAACAAGAAACUUACUAGAGUUUUCGACCCGAUUUUUUUUGUACCCUAGGAGUUUGUAUAAUUGUGAUAACGAGAAUCAGCUAAGAUAUUGUGUGUUUAAAGUGGGUAAAUAACUACGAGUGUUGCGUUUAGGGACCCAUGACCAUGCCCUCUACCCAAUUCUUAUAAGAAAACCAAAUCACAUUCAGUUGGUUUUCAAACUGCGAAUGUAUUCCGUGUUAUUACAGUUGGAAAUAAUUUUUCUUUACGGUAUAGAACACUGCGUGAGUCAAUGCGAAUUAUCAUAAUAAAUUUAAUAAUAAAUGUAAUACCCACAACUGUCUAAUGGUAGCAUAUUUUCUAAUUAUGAUUCGUGCACACGUCUUAUUGAGAUAUUAUCUGGGAAUGGAGGAGAGCAAGUAUUUUAGCAGGAUAUCUGGCUCUUUCGAACUUGUUUAUUGAAGUACAUAACUGUGGUAUGUAACUAUGAGGUAUGAGCGAAAUGAAAUGCGGACUGUGAAAAAAUGAAUGAUGAACAAAUAAAUGAUAUUUUUAUGAAA